AUGGAGGGGGUCCCCACGGAAAAGCUCUCCGUGGAUCCAAAUCGGGAUGGGGGAAGCCGAGGUGCCGUUGUGCUGGUGGCCACCGGGAGCUUCAAUCCUCCCACCUACAUGCACCUGCGCAUGUUCGAGCUGGCAAAGGACGAGCUGCAGCAGCGAGGGUACUCGGUGCUGGGUGCAUACAUGUCCCCGGUGAACGACGCGUACAAGAAGAAGGCAAUGCAGAAAGGUUAUCAGCGCACCUUGACCGUUCUAUCUCGAGUUAAGAACUCUCUGUGCAAGGACGGCUUAGCUGAUCAAGGUGGUGUCAAGGUAAUGCUUUUGUGUGGUUCUGACCUUCUCGAGUCAUUCAGCACGCCAGGGGUUUGGAUUCCAGAUCAGGUCAGGGCCAUAUGUAAAGACUUUGGUGUUGUCUGUAUUCGUAGGGAAGGAAAAGAUGUUCAAAAGCUAAUAUCCAGCAGCGAGACACUGCAAGAAUGCAGGGAUAACAUCAUUUCGGUUGAUGAGAUUGUGCCAAAUCAGAUCAGUUCAUCCAGAGUAAGAGAGUGUAUAAGAAAACAUCUCUCAAUAAAGUAUCUUACUUGCGACGAAGUAAUCGAGUACAUUAGAGAGCACAGACUGUACAUGGAAACUGGAGAGAGUGAUACCAGAUCAUGA